CCACGCCGCGAGAUGAAAGGUCAGAAUACCAAGCUGAGGCCCGGCUCCGCCGCCCCCGCCAGCUGGACCCACGGCUUGGCCCUCUGCCCGCGCGCGCUCCCCGGGCCGCGCCAGACCCGCACUUCCGCCCGCAGACGCCCGGGCGCCCUCGGGCUGCGUGACGUGAUCCCGGCCGGCGCGCUGACGUCAGCGGGCGUCGGCGUGGGCCUCGCGCGGGCGGGGAGCCUGUGGAGCGCUGGAGCCCAGCCACCCGGCCGCCCCUUCUGCCUGCGUCGCUGUUCAAGGGGCUGAGGAGGCUCCGGGCGGCCGAACCGUUUCCGCGUUUGCUGCGCCGGCCCCGCGAUUUACAGCCCUGGAGAAUCUACUUUUUUCCCCUCAUUUUUUACCCUGCAGUAAUAAAUCCCAUUAUGGACACCCAAAAACUUUAUAAAGGGAUAUAGUUUGAAUUCUGUGGAGUGUAAUUUUGUGUAUGACUUAGACUUUUAAAAUAUGAAGGGUUUUCAGAAACAGGGCUAGUAGAGUUAAUUACUGGCAUAUUAUGCAUGAGCAGUGUUGGUGAUAGAGUAACUUGUUAGGCAUUUGUGAUAAUACUAGAACAGUCAAGCUGUAUCUUGAUAAACUUGAUUUACCUUUAAAUACAAAAUGAGUGAUAUUAUAGAUGCAUGAUUCUUAAAUUAAAGACAAGUUACAUAAAAAGGUUCUGCUGUAGAAACUAUGGUUAAUUAGUUAAGUUUAUGGAGACAAUACCUUCAACUGACCAAGUGUAAUUAAGAGGUGUGCAAAGUUAGGAAGAAAGACAACAUAAUAUUGAUGCUGCAGGAAAUGAAAACAAAUAUAGACAGUAUUAACAAAGAUGAGUUAGCAGCUUGUGAGUUUUAACAUCGUGCACAGUAUAACAGAUUUAGGUUCAAUAAUGCUUGUGGGUGUUGACAUCCUCCAAAAGUGUUAAUUGAAGCUACUUUAACCUUCUUAAGUAAAUACUAUGAUGAUAAGCUAUGUGAAAUUAGCCUUUAUAUAAUGUGACCGUAUGAAGACUUAUUGUUUGCUAGAAUAAAAGAAAAUUUUUUUUUUAAUAAAAAAGAUAUUAAAGUGCUUGGAGGAAAAGAAGUCUGCAUAUAGUUUUUUUUCUCUUGUAGGAUGGCCAUUAAUUGGCUUCAUACCCAGGCUUUGUAGUUUGUAACCAGAAGCAAAUUAAAGGCAUAAGUAUUGUGUCUUUGUUUAGAAUUGGGGGAAUAUAAACUUGCUUGAAAAAUCAAGGAGUGUUAACAUAUUUUCAAGAGUGCCUCAACUUCUUUCAGACUGUUAGGUUAGUAUUAUACCAAAUAGUGAACAGAUAGCACUUGAGUUAAUAUAGUCCUAAAGAGUAUUAAAUGCUAUUUUGAUAAUAUAGGAGAGAAAGUCAUCCUACCUGAGUGUAAAUUCAGAUGUAAAUCCAGUAAAGAAGGUGUAGUGAAUUUUAUGUGAGUAGGAGCCUAUCAUUUAAUUCUUUUUUAUGGUAAAAAAAAAAAUCUAAUGUGAAGAGAAGAAAAAUUUCAUGUAAAGGAUUUUUGCUGUCAAAAAGUAAAAAUCACUCAUGCACAAAACUACCUCCCAAAGACUUGUCCUGGAUCCCUCAUAUCAAAAAAUUAAGAGUGUGAUGGAAGAUAGUACAGUCUUGUCAAAUUGGACAGUUGGCAACAAACAAAAAAUGACAUAUGACUUUUCAUGUGAACUCUACCGAAUGUCUACGUAUUCAGCUUUCCCCACCGGUGUUCCUGUCUCAGAAAGGAGUCUUGCUCGUGCUGGUUUUUAUUACACUGGUGUGAAUGACAAGGUCAAAUGCUUCUGUUGUGGCCUGAUGCUGGAUAACUGGAAACAAGGAGACAAUCCUAUUGAGAAGCAUAAACAACUGUAUCCGAGCUGUAGCUUUAUUCAGAAUCUAGUUUCUGUUACUAGUCUGGAAUCCACUUCUAAGAAUGCUUCUUCUCCAAUGAGAAACAGUUUUACUCACUCAUUAUCACCCACUUUGGAACAUGGUAGAUCAUUCAGUGGUUCUUAUUCCAACCUUUCACCAAACCCUAUUAAUUCUCGAGCAGUCGAAGACUUUUCCCCAUUGAGGACUAACCCCUACAGUUAUGCCAUGAGUACUGAAGAAGCGAGAUUUCUUACUUAUCAAAUGUGGCCAUUAACCUUUCUGUCACCAUCAGUAUUGGCAAGAGCUGGCUUUUAUUAUAUAGGACCUGGAGACAGGGUAGCCUGCUUUGCCUGUGGUGGGACGCUAAAUAACUGGGAACCAAAGGACGAUGCUAUGUUAGAACACCAGAGACACUUUCCUAACUGUCCAUUUUUGGAAAAUUCUCUGGAAAUGCUAAGGUUCAGCAUUUCAAAUUUGAGUAUGCAGACACAUGCAGCUCGCCUGAGAACAUUUAUGUACUGGCCACCUACUGUACCAGUUCAGCCCGAGCAGCUUGCAAGUGCUGGUUUCUAUUAUGUAGGUCGCAACGAUGAUGUCAAGUGCUUUUGUUGUGAUGGUGGCUUAAGGUGUUGGGAAUCUGGAGAUGACCCAUGGGUAGAGCACGCCAAAUGGUUUCCAAGGUGUGAGUUCUUGAUACACAUGAAAGGGCAGGAGUUUGUUGGUGAGAUUCAAGCUAGAUAUCCUCAUCUUCUUGAACAGCUGUUGUCAACUGCAAAUACUCCUGGAGAUGAAAAUGCUGAUCCACCAAUUGUUCAUUUUGGACCUGGAGAAAGUUCUUCAGACGAUGCAGUCAUGAUGAAUACACCUGUGGUUAAAGCUGCCUUGGAAAUGGGCUUUAGUAGAAGCCUGGUAAAGCGGACAGUUCAGAGUAAAAUCCUAACAACUGGAGAGAAUUACAAAACAGUUAAUGAUAUUGUGUCAGCACUUCUCAAUGCUGAAGAUGAGAAAAGAGAAGAAGAAAAGGAGGAAGAGAAAGAAAGACAGACUGAAGGAACAGCAUCAGAUGAUUUGUCAUUACUUCGGAGGAAUAGAAUGGCUCUCUUUCAACAGUUGACGUGUGUGCUUCCUAUCCUGGAUAAUCUUUUAAAGGCCAAUGUAAUUAAUAAACAGGAACAUGAUAUUAUUAAGCAAAAAACACAGAUACCUUUACAAGCAAGAGAACUGAUUGAUACCGUUUUAGUUAAAGGAAAUAGUGCUGCCAACAUCUUCAAAAACUGUCUUAAGGAAAUUGACCCUACAUUAUAUAAGAACUUGUUUGUGGAAAAGAAUAUGAAGUAUAUUCCAGCAGAUGUCUCAGGUCUGUCCCUGGAAGAACAGUUGAGAAGGCUGCAAGAAGAAAGAACUUGUAAAGUGUGUAUGGACAAAGAAGUUUCUAUUGUAUUCAUUCCUUGUGGUCAUCUGGUAGUAUGCCAAGAAUGUGCCCCUUCUCUAAGAAGAUGCCCUAUUUGCAGAGGUAUAAUUAAGGGUACUGUUCGUACAUUUCUCUCAUAAAAGAAAAAUAGGCUGUAUGUUAGCUUAUGUAUAAAGAUCUUUAAAAUAUUGUCUGAAGUUGUUUCAAGUAAAAAAAUGAAUUACUGACUCCUUAAUUAGUAACAUUUACAUUCUCUGCUUUCUUUGGCAUUAGUACUCGUGUUUCCAAAAAGUGGUGUCAUACAUAAUAUUUAAUAUUAAUCUCUAUAUGAAAAGUAAGGUUUAUGUUUGAGCUGUGUUAGUGUACCUAUGUGCACACAGGAGAAGUUAAAGGAGCAGUGUCAAUCCUGUUAUGUAUCAUUUUAGGAGUGACUGGAUCUGGUAUUCUUUCUGAAAGCAUUGAGUACUACUUUAGAGUACAGUUGAAAAGAAUUGGAAACCAGCAACUCUGGAGUUCAUCACAGUUACACUGCCAAGUUCUCAUUGGUUCUUUUUCAUUUGUGUUCUUUUUCAAAUAGUGGUACAGCAUUGAGACAGGGUCCUGGUUCCUACUCAAAAAAAAAAUAUGCAUAACAAUGUCUUUGAGUUCCACAGAACUGGGGCCCCCACCCAGGUGGAGGGAGGUAACUUCAGGCUGAAUACAAGAUUCCUGGAGCACUGCUCUGUUGCCUCAGCAGCAACCAAUCAGAAAAAAGUCACACAUCCUGAAGCCCUCAUCCCAAAUGUUACCUUCUGUUUCUGGGGACCAGUGAUGACCAUCCUGUUAGGUCACCUGUUUGGCCCCUGUCUGUUUCAUCUCUGAGAGGAGCCAACACUUUCAAGCUAAAUUGCUAUUAUUACAAGGGUGAAUGCUGGUUUCAGGCACAUAAUACCUCCACUUAGAUCAUUUAGAGAGAGACUUCUGCUCUGCUAGGCAGGCCUACGCCCAGGCACAGCAGGAAGAAGUUUCAGAAGAAAGAGACCUUCGCCCCAAUUCCCAAGAAGUAUCUUGAGUAUGAAGUCUCAGUGGGGAGUUGUUAGGGGAAGCACGCUGAUUGAAACCGCCCACCCUGGCCAGGCACCACAGUAACCAUUUGCAUGAGUUGUUUUACGACAGGAGGUCCUGGUAAGGAACAUGGAACUAAUAAGCCACCACCAACCGGAAGAGUUCAGGAAAGGUCAAAAGGAGACACCACAUGUCUGACCACCUCCCAGUAUCCUCACCUCUAGCAUCCAUCUUGGCUGAACAAGGCAUGCACCACCAGGAAGGGCUCUGAGUCAGAAUGAUUGACUAAAGACAACCCAGAAACUAAUCCCAUCAUCAUAAAACCCGAGACUGUCAGACCUCUUCUCCUGGGUUCCAUAACCCUAUUGCUCUCCACCUGGGCACCUGUUCCCGAUAAAAUCUGCUUUGUCAGCAAAAAAAAUAAAAUGGUGUCAUAUGAUAUUUAAUCUUAAUCUCUGUUUAUAUGAAAAGUAAGAUUUAUGUUUGAGCUGUGUUAGUGUACAUGUGUGUACACGGGAGAAGUUAAAGAAGCAGUGUUAAUGCUGUUAUGUAUCAUUUUAGAAGUGACUGGAUCUGGUAUUCUUUCUGAAAGCAUUGAGUACUACUUUAGAGUAUUGUUGAAAAGAAUUGGAAACCAGGAACUCUGAAGUUUAUCACAGUUAUAUUGCCAAAUUCUCAUUGGUUCUUUUUCAGUUGUGUUGUAAGAUAAGGAUUUUUCUCUUAGUGUUAUAAAAGGUUUUCCCUUAAUAAAAGGUCUUUAAAAAGA